AUGACAUCACGCCUCGUCCUGGUCAUAGGUGACCUCUUCAUUCCCGACAGAGCACCAGAUAUCCCAGCAAAGUUCAAGAAACUCCUCACACCUGGCAAGAUCGGCCAGAUCUUAUGCCUAGGCAACCUUACAGAUCGCGACACAUAUGAAUUUCUCCGCCAAAUAGCACCGGACCUGCAGGUCGUCAAGGGCGACUUUGACGUCGAUGCUCCGAAUCUUCCUCUAGCUAAGGUUGUCACGCACGGUAGCCUACGCAUAGGUUUCACGCAUGGCCACACGAUUAUCCCGCAGGGCGAUUCAGAAGCGUUGCUGAUCGCAGCUAGACAGAUGGAUGUUGAUAUACUACUUUGGGGAGGCACGCACAAAUUCGAAGCAUAUGAGAUGGAAGGAAGGUACUUUGUUAACCCUGGCAGUGCAACGGGGGCGUUUACUACAUCUAGGGUGUCGAAAGGGGAGGAGCCAACUCCGAGUUUCUGCUUGAUGGAUGUGCAAGGAGAUGUUCUUGUGCUGUAUGUCUAUCAGAUACGGGUGGACGAGCAAGGGGCCGAGAAUGUGGUGGUAGAAAAGGUGUCCUUCCGGAAACAAAUCUCCCAACCGGCGUAA